AUGGAAAUAAGGCUCGGCUCUUGGAUCACAUCAUUAGAUCUCUCCUAUAUCAACUUAGGUGGGAGGAUCCCCACUGAUGUGAUUAAGUUAAACAAUUUGACAGUCUUCAAUGUGGUGCCUAAAUAUUUAACAAGUACAAUACCAGAGAAAUUUCAAUUUGGGACAUUCGAUGAAGGUAGUUAUCAAGGAAAUCCUUAUCUUUGUAGUCGUCUAUUACCUAAUGACUAUACUAGCUUUGGAUCAACACCUGUCUUGCCAUCUGCUAAUGAUGAAAGUGAGAAGCACGGUUUCAUGGACAUGGAGUUCUUCUACAUAAGCUUCAUCAUAUCUUAUUUAUUUGUAUUGAUUUGCAUUGCUACAGUUCUAUCCAUGAAUCCUCACUGGAGAAAAGCAUGGUUUCAUUUCAUCGACAUUUAUAUAAUCCAUUUUUGA